AUGGUUCCCCUGCCCCGAGACGUGCAGCCAUCAAACGACAAGAUGGUACUCCUCCUGGCUCACUACUUUCGCAAGGUUUGCGUCAUCAAUUCUUGCUUCGAUUCCCCUGCGAAUCCGCUUCGAAGCGAGAUCCCGGCUCUGAUGACCUCGUCGCCCCUUGUCCAGUCAUGCAUUUUGAGCAUGUCGGCCGGUCAUCUUCGCAACGCGUUCCCGCAUUUGUCGCUCGACAGCUUGGAAUAUCUUACCGCUACAGUAUCCGAACUGACGAAAGAAAUACAAACUAUCCUCCCGCACCUUUCUUCGUCCAUCGUCCCGAACCAGAGGUUUGAAAAUGCUCUGCUUGGAGUCAUCAUGCUGGGCGUGACGACCUCGUGGCAUGUUUCUUCUGGUCUUGGACUUGAACACAUCUCCGGCGCUCGCGCCUUAUUCCGAUGUUGGAUCGACCACAAAUUCAGGCACGGACAAGUAUCCGAUGGUGAAUGGUCCCGCUUAGAUUUCUAUCUGGGCCUGCAGGCAUACUGGGAAUCCAUGGCUGCCUUCCUGAUAGAUCAGGAUAUUCAUCAGCUGGAUUACUUGGAUGUUGCCUUUACCGUUCCCCGAGCGCAAGCCGUGUGUGUUCAUCCCUGGACGGGGUUAAGUGCCAUUCCCUGGCUGUGCUUGGCAAAAGCAGGAUGCAUUGUGCGGUGGAAGAGGAGGCUAUUGCACGGCGGUGUCCUCGGUGAGAGUUGCACUGCCACCGAGAGCGCCCGACUCCGCUCCCACCUCGAACUCUCCCAGGCGUCACAUCGCCUACUCGAAGAGCUACUACGCUACGACAUUCCAGAUGACUCCCAAAUCGCGGACACGUUCGACAAGCAUACUUCAAAAUCGGAUCUGAGGAAUUUAGCACGUUGUUGCCAGCUGGCAGCGAUGCUAGAGUGUGCUAGAUCUCUUGAUAGUGGCUUGGAAUGGCGAGAGGCCUUAGAUCUGGCCGCGAACAUUUUGCAGGAUCCUUCAACCAGUCAUUUCGCCGAGCUGGAAUGUCUGGAUCUCACAUAUACUGGUGUUCUGCAAAUGCUCGCGUUGCAGAUAUUACGACUUUUGUCAAGUAUCCCGACAGACUCCAGGACGCGGUCACUGCAUCAUCUCCCUCUCUUGAUUGCAGGCAGCGUCCUUUUACCACAGAUAAUGGGAAAUUCGCCCUCGACGCCUCCACCGCUCUCGAAUCUCGAAUGCAGUGAUGUCAUGGACGACGCAAGCAGUGGUUCAACACCUUUUUGGCGCCGAUUCGUCGUCGAGAGAAUCUUGACCCUUGAGAAGAUGGUCAACCUUGACGGGCAUCGAACAAUAAGACUUCUUCUCAGUCAAGUAUGGACACGAGGCGACGCCCUAGCCCAGCCAAAUGAUCACCCUCAGUCUGCAGAAGGCCUCCACUGGGUAGAUGUCAUGGAAGACAUGGGUCUGCAGUUUUUCCUCUAA